GCGUCAGCUCACACGCGCUGUUGUUGUGAUUGACAGAAGGGAGUCAUGUUAACUUUCAGUUUGCUUUUCGGCCGUCACAAAUUUGUUUUUAAGUAAGUAAACAACGAUGUCCGACAUACUGAUGAAAGAAAUGGAGAGCAUCUCGAUCAGUCCGACGAAGCCUGAAGAGUGUCCAGACGGUGCUCGGAGCUUCCUGCUGGUGGAUGAACAGGAAAGCCUGCAGGUCCGUGAUGAGACUGACUUUGUGGACAGGCUGGGCUGUGGGGACGUGGCAGGAGUCAAGGUCCUCUCCAUCUUUGGAAACACCGGCGAUGGCAAGUCCCACACCCUCAACCACAUCCUCUUCAGCGGGGAGAGUGUGUUCUACACCUCCAAGUCCCCCAGCUCCUGUACGGUGGGAGUGUGGGCUGCGUAUGACCCAUCUCUCGGCCUGGUCGCCCUGGAUACUGAAGGCCUGUUGGGGGCCGCGGCCAAUCAGAACCAGAGAAUGCGCCUGCUGCUAAAGGUGCUGGCAGUGUCUGAUAUAGUGGUCUAUCGUACACGGGCAGAGCGCCUCCACAACGACAUGUACCAGUUCCUGAGCAACGCGUCGGGGGCCUACCUGAAGCACUUCACCCCGGAGCUCCGGGCCCUCUCCAACCGCUGCGGUCUGGACGUGCCUCUGUCGUCUCUUGGGCCCGCUGUGAUCGUCUUCCAGGAGACUACGCACACCCAGCUGCUCGCUCAUGGUAGGGGAGGGAAAUGUACUUGAUUCAAAUGCUGUAUCUGAUCAGAUAACAACCCUUUUGCUCUUUAACAGGAUAUGUUUGGGGGGUUUUAAGCUCGUUGGUGUUCCGUUUACCUGCUGAGAACCCCGGCUGAGCAGUUUAAGUUCUUUGGAGGCAUCAUGUUAUUAUUUCAAAAACAACCUGCUGUUUUAGUCAAAAAGAUCAAAAGUAAAAAAUGUAGAAAAAGUAGUCCGGAGUCAGAAAUGGUGGUGUAACAAUCAGUGAAUACAAUUAAAAGCUUGUGAAUUACAGCAACCAUGAGAGAUCCUUGAGCAUAGAGUCAUUAAUGAGCACCAAAACAUUACACUGAUGUUUGUAGUGAGGUCUGCGAGAUU